CAGCGCCCGCCCCCCUUAACUCCGCAGCUGCUCGUUACGAAGAAUCCUCCAGAACUGCAUAGUUCUGCUCUGCUACUCAUUACUGAAGUUUUGCUUCACCAGUUUCUUAUCUAAUCUCACCUGGAUACUUUGGGAAUGGGUGCAGCACAAUUCCGGUGGUCGGAGAAAUCAUCACUGUUGUAGAUAGCAGUGUGAAGAUGGUUGCAGCUGGUUCUUGCGCUCUUGCAGGAGAGAUACUAAACGACCAGGAGGCUAAAGAUGCUGCCAUAAAAUUUGUAGAGAAUGCUGGGAAUUCUUGGGUGGAAUAUUCAGAGAGAAGUCUUAUUGCUGCUCCAGUUCGUGCAGUUGUUCAUGGUAUUGCUGGUGACGGGGCUGAAGCGGAGAGAGUCCUGGUGAAGAUGGGAAAAUCCUCUCUGAAUGUCAUUGACAGCACUCCAGUUUUAGGGCACGUAAAGGGUGUAGUUCACUAUGCAAUUGGGGAUACGGAACAUGGUCAUGAUUGCAUGAAAGGUGCCAGUCGCACACUGGCUGUGGUGGGAGCUGGAGCUCUAACUGGUGGAGUUGGAGGAGGAUUAGUUCUUGGUGGACUAGCGGGCGCAUCAGGUGGAGUUGUGUACGAUACAACGGUAUCUGCUAUUGAAAAUAAGCCUUAUGGAAUUAUAGAAUCUGUCGACCAGGCAAUUAAAUCUGAUAAAAAGGGAGAUGGUCACGGUGUUAUCAACUCAGCAAUAAAUGUGGCAUACUCCGUUACCGGAGAUUUUCUUACCGGAGCUGGUGCAGCAAAAGCCACCAAGAAGCUGAAUCAAGCUUCUAAGCAAAGGAAAGUGUUGAAAAGCAAAAUUGGAAAGGACGCCGCCAAGGAUGUUGUUGACACUGGCAAGAAGUUAGAUAAAAUAAGGAAGAAAGUGAAUGGAGAUAACCACGUUUGCACGAAAGCCAAACACCUGGAAACGGGAAAGGAAGCUUACGGGACAAACGAACGAUGCAGACAAGAGAUCAGAAUGAAUGAGUAUGCCUCUAAAGGCGAAGCUAGUGGAUACACCAGUAAAACAAAUGCUAGGAAAGGACAUUACGGUGAAUUCCCAAGACAGAAAGGAAUCCUUGAAAAAACUGCAAAUGAGAUGGAUAUGAAUAUUGAGCCAAGAGUUAGGAAUCGAGGUAUAAAUACUUGUGCUGAACAUCAUGCCAUUGAGAAUCUGGGUACUCACGGAGCCAAAGCUAAUAUUCGUACAACUAGUGUCAGGUCUCAUAAUGGGCAGAUCACAGCUAUAAAGAGAUGCGACAACUGUAUACAGUUCGACCUUCUGAUGGGAGAUGUGCCCACCGAUGGUAUUCAUGGGAUGCCUGUACCUACACGUCAGUUCGUUCUGGAUACUUCCGUGCCCGCUAUAAAAAGCGCUGUUAAGUAUGGUUUAGGCGCGGUUGCAGUGUGUGUUGCCUGUGAAGAAAGUGAUGACUGUAGCUGCGAAAAAAACAAAAAUGCAGACCGGAUGUACCAAGUUUCAGGCUUAAAAGGUAUCCGUUUUAUCAGGACAAAAGAAAAACAAUGACUCGUUAAUAACAAUUGAGUUGUGCUGUGCUGUGCAAAACAGGAACUAUAUAUAUGCUUCAGUUUCCUGAUAUUGUCCUACUCUCUCUGGAUUAUUUCCUCUUGGUCCCUCUUCUGCAAACGUGUGUCCUACACAGUACCUAUUCUUUCAAAGGCAUGUCGUGUUAUGUAGAGCCCAGAGAAGUAUACGUGGGCAAAAUAGAUUUUACACAAUUUUAAGCGUAAAAAAAACAAAAAACAAACAUGAUUUAUUUUGUGUGUAUUUCCCCCCAAAAAAUGCAAGACCAUAUAUUCUCCAAAUAUUAUCGCAUAUAAUAAUGUAUUAUACUAUUUGAUCAUAUUUUACGGUGCAGUUGUAGCACAGGGACAGUUGUAACUUAAAGGUUGAAUUCUCAACUUGUGACUGACGUAAUACGAUGAAGCUCACAGACAGCAACAAUGUGUGAUGGCAUCAGCAAGUUAUGUUCAAAAGUUCAGCUUGUGUCUCAAGACUGCUUCGAGAAGAGACAGAACACUCACAUACGUUUACUCAGAGGGAGAAAUACACCCACACACAUACACACACACAUGCUGACUGAUAGACACAUACACUUACCUGUUCACAUAUGUGACGGUAUGUAAUGGACGUGGCCACGCUCCGUCACUACAAGGCGUCGUUCGCCACUCGCUGGGCUCGAAUGCAUGACCUCUGACUUGCCAAGCGCGACCACUACCAGCUACGCCAAAGAAAAGCUAGCUAUUCGUUGACGCGGGUAGCCCAUUACAUACCUGAGGAGUGAGUUUCACAGGUUCACACCCGUUACACAUACAUACUGUGUUCUGGUAUAAACCUAAAUAUGCUUUGUGUUUUCAUAUUUUACCAUAUGUAUUGUAUAUGUUUUGUUGCUUUCUGUGAACUGCAGACAAAAAUAAAAAGCUUACUCAUUUCAUUUGCAUACAGUAAUUGUAUUGCUGUUUUGUUAGGGUAUGCAAUUACAUUCAAUUACUUUGUAUUUAUAUAGCGUCUAAAUAAUACAAUUGCCUCAAGGCGCUUUACAGAGCCCAGUGCCUGAACCCUCCAUAGAGCACAAUGGCAACAGGGGCAAAGAAAACAUCUCUCCGUUCAGGAAGAAACCUUAAGGAGAACCGCAGCACACGAGGGGGUCAAUCCGCUUGGAGCCGACCGGGUAAAGAG